AUGUGGAAUGUUCGUGGAGCUUGUAGGGAUCUGUUCUUGACUCAUGCAAAAGAGAUAGUGACGACUCAACACCCAGACAUUUUCAUCUUCUUGGAGACUAAGUCAGAUGCUUCCAGAGGAAGGGAGGUAAUGAAAUUUCUCAACUACGACGAUUGUAGGGCCAUAAGACCAGCUGACAAAAGGGGGGGCAUUUGGUUGUUCUGGAAAAACUCAGUGGAUUUAAUUGAUUUUGAUGCUGAGAACAACCAUUUUCACUCGCUUUUUCACUUCAAAAAUUUGGGGAAAGAGGCCAUGGUCACAGGAUUACAUGCACCAAGUAAUUCGGGGGCGAGACACAUGUUUUGGAGAAACAUGCAAGAAGAUCUUCCCCCUCCUAAUUCUCCGUGGCUAGUUCUUGGUGAUUUUAAUGAAGUCACGGCUCAAUCAGAGAAGAAAGGGGGAAGACCUUUUAGACCUUCUCAAUGCUCGGACUUGGUGAAUUUCAUGGACGAUGCAGGGCUGGUUGAUCUAGGGUUUAAUGGUUGUCCCUAUACAUGGACUAAUGCUCGUCAUGGGGCGACCUUAUUCAAGAGAGACUCGAUCGUGCUCUGGUUAAUUCAAUGUAAAGAAGUCUGGUUAUCCCACCCUCAAUUCUCCGAGUUUUUUGUUAGUAAUUGGAAGCCACCUACCAACGAUUUCUUGCAGGGAAGAGAUAAAUUUCUAAGUUCAAUUUCUAAUUGGAACCACAAUAUUUUUGGUAAUCUAAAAAACAAAAAAAAGAAUAUUAUGGCGCGUAUUGAAGGGAUUCAAAUUUCUUUGAGUAAACACUACUCUCGUUUUCUUGUAAACGUAGAGGCUGAUCUUUUACAAGAACUCAAUGAGAUUUAUAAAAAGGAAAGAAUAAUUUGGGCUCAAAAAGCAGGGAUUAAUUGGAGAAAAUUUGGAGAUUUUAAUACUAGAUACUUUCAUACCUUAGCUAAAAUUAAGAAGUCAAAAGGGAAAAUUUUAACUUUGAAGAAUGAUGCUGGAUUUUGGAUUACUGAUAACAAUGAGUUGAAAAACUUAGCCACCACCUAUUUUACAAAACUGUUUACUACUUCUCAUAGUUGUGGUAAUUUAAAUAGUUCUUCUAUUAGUAAUAUUAGGUUAACCGAAAAUGAAAAAAGAUUAUUGUCAGCUAAAGUUACCCUAGAAGAAGUUCACCACAAUCUCUUUUGUAUGGAUCCCAUUAAAUCCCCAGGUCCUGAUGGCAUUCAGCCCAUUUUCUUUCAAAGGCACUGGACUGAAUUAGGGGAUUCUAUCUAUAGAUUCUGUCUUUCCUGUUUUGACAAAGGAGCAGUUCCAUUGGAUAUCAAUCACUCGUACGUCGCUUUAAUUCCAAAAAACAGUGCUCCUACGAAUAUUUCAUAA